AUGGAGGAUAUGUUUCAAUCAUUCACGGGCAACGCUCGCCGUCCGCGGCAGGUCAACCUCGGUGCCCGCAACACAAACCCAUUCGCUGCCUUCCCCUCGGGACGAACUGGCCAUGGCCCCGGCCCACAGAACACCCUUGCGAUCGCCCAGCAGGAACGUUUAGCGAGACAACAGGAAAGGGAUCGGUUAGGGGCAACCCGACUCGUACAGCGGGCAUGGCGGGGCUAUCGGAGCAGGAAGAACACACAUGGCACGUGGAGGGUAGAAUGGGAUACUGUUGAACAGGAAAGGGCAGGGACUUCGCUACCGUUUGACGAUGUGACAGGACAAGCGGGAUUGGAUGUUGAGGGGUCGGUCCCGUACGCAUCGGCGGCCGGGUGUCUAUCGCAGCUGAGACUCUUGGUCCAGUUUCUGGAACCCUGGGAUAACGGUGAUGUCGUGCGGUUGGUAUACUUUGCCAACGCAUUUCAGAAAACCUUGCACGAGAUCCCGACAAUUGCAACAGAGGGGGAAUGGACUACUCCGCUUACGCGACUGGCAAAGGUGAUUCUCCGGGUGCUGCGCUCGGCGCCAUCGUCGAGGGUGCCGGCCUUCGCUUCGAGAUAUUUGCUGCAACUCCUGACUUUCCUUACAAACUUGAUACCCAAGAUGAUGGCACUGCUCGCCCAAGAGUACUAUUCUGUCAUGUCCCUGUUGACGACAAACAUCGAGCCCCUCCGUCGAUCGAACCUAUCUCCCGACCACCUUGUUCAAAGUGUCCUUGCUCUCCUUCGACCUAUUACGUCCGAGACUCUCACUGCAUACGAAUGGUUUGCAAGGAACUAUCUUGUUAUUUCAGAUUUACCUUCGUAUUUAGGGACACUUGAUGGAUUGGCGAAUAACAUCAAUUACAAACUGCUCACGUCGGCUUUGAGACCCCUGGAUGCCCAGUUUAAGAGCCGUCUAUCAAAUGAUAGGGAUGUCGAGGCUCGACUCUGGCUACUCGCAUACUUCAUCUACUUCCAUCGAUACGCGUUGGGAAGCCAGGCGGGGGGGCAUCAGGCACCGGAGCCUGGCUUUGUGAAGGUCGUCUCAGAAUUGUUGAACUCGACAGCAGUACAUGUCUCACAACGCCUGGAGCUGGAGGAAGCAGGUGACCUUGAUGAAAUUACGGCGAAAGAGCCACUGCCCCGGUUUGUCAAAGAGCAGCUAUUCUGCCUUAUCAAUCAGAGCAACAUCACUGGACUUCUGUCUCAGCUUCACUCAACACAAGGAGAAUUGGCAAACGUUGACUCGGUCGCUUCUCACGAAGCCAAGACUCUUGCCACUUAUGCUCUGACGCUCCUGAGAGUCUUUCCUCGACGUGGAGAUGACAUCCGCAUGUGGCUCUACUUGGGUUCUGCUACGUCGGGUGAGUCAGGAUCAAGGGUUCCAGCAAUCAAGUAUUUCUGGCAUGCGUCGCGGUCUAGCAGGAUAUUUGCAGCGAUUUGUCAAGAUUCUACCAAGGUACUUCCUUUUUUGAAACCUACCAGCGAAGCGGAUUCGAAAUUUUCAGCAAUCCCUCAGACUGAAAGGGACGAAGAAUGGACGAUUAUCCUGCUUUUCCUUGAACUCUACACGUUUGUUCUGAAAGUAAUGGACGACGACGAGUUUUUCUCCAGUGAUUCCUCGUUCAUAGCCUCUUCAAAUACGAAGGUGUCAUGGACCAAGGAAAGCGCUCUGCCGUUGAGGGAGAUUAAAGACAUGACCGUUUUCCUAAAGAACCUGGCUUUCACGUUGUACUGGAAUUCAGCGGAUCUAAACGAGGACGAUACCAAGCAGUAUGCUGGAGACAUCCGAAGUUAUUUCACUUCGUUAGCACCCCCGUCGGAUCAGAUUACUAGCACCAAGGAUAUUGAGAUCAAGAACAAAGAAAAGGGUCUUCCUGGUGUCACAGGCAUACCGCUUGACUAUUUCAAGGGUCUUGUUACGGGAUUGUUGAGAAUGAUCCACGAACGAGACUCGAGACGCAAGUUCCUUCCCGAUGACCAUUGGUUGAUGACGAAUCGCUUCGAUAUGGAAGGUUUCAUCCCGGCAGUCGUUGCAGAAGAAGAGAACCGGCAUCAACUGCAAGAUGACGAGGACGACGAGGAUCAGGAUGACUUGAUGAACGAGACUUUUGAACCCUCUGGUUUAAUUGGCACUGGCCGUGCUCAGCAGCCGCGACGUAUCGAGGCUCUCAGACGCCGUCAGCAACAAGCCGCUCGCAGAAAGCAACUAGAAUCAGUGGCACCUCGACUUGAGAUACUUCGGAACAUGCCGUUCUUCAUUCCUUUCCCUACGAGAGUACAGGUCUUCCGGGAAUUCAUCCAUCGAGACCAGAUGCGCCGGAGGCACGGGGCUAUUGAUCCUGACAUUUGGCGUAUGACUGUUGCUCAGGCGUCAAUGGGACGUAUGGAUGGUCGCGAUCUAAGCCAGGAUGUCCUGACCCGCCAACACGCAGAUAUUAAGCGCGAGAGCAUUUUUGAUGAUGCUUAUGAUAAAUUCUAUGAUCUGGGAGAAGGCCUGAAAGAGCCCAUUCAGAUUACCUUCAUUGACAAAUUCAACAACCCGGAAGCGGGAAUCGAUGGGGGUGGUGUGACCAAGGAGUUCUUGACUAGCGUUACUAACGAGGCCUUUAAAUCGGACCAAGAGUUCCCUUUGUUUCAGGAGAACGAUGACCACCUCCUGUACCCAAACCCCAUGGCUGUUGAGCAGCGGAGAGAGUUGCUUCGACAGUCAGGAUACCUGGAGCGCAGCACAGAGUGGAACGAACAGGUACGAGACUUGCUGCGACGGUAUGAGUUCCUCGGGCGAGUUGUUGGAAAGUGUCUUUACGAGGGCAUUCUUGUGGAUGUUCACUUUGCGCCGUUUUUCCUGCUCAAGUGGGCUCUGACGGGCGGAACCGGUUCUGCACAGAAGGAAUCGGCGUACCGAGCUAAUCUCAACGACAUGAAAGAUCUUGACCAAGGUCUCUACCAAGGAUUGUUGCAACUUAAGAACUAUCCUGGCGACGUUGAGGACUUUGCGCUGAAUUUUACCAUCACUGAUACCGUUUCCCUCCCGAGUUCUGGCAGCCGCACGAUGACUCGCGACUUGAAAGCCAAUGGAUCGGAUAUCGCUGUUACGAACCAGAACCGACUGGUGUACAUUUCGUAUAUUGCCCGGUACCGUCUUCAGGCACAACCAGCCCUUCAGACCAACGCAUUUUUGCAAGGUCUUGGACAGAUCAUUCAACCCUCAUGGCUAUCUAUGUUCAAUCAGGCGGAGCUACAGACCUUGGUCAGCGGCGAGUCGGGUGAUAUCGAUGUGGCAGACUUGCGACGCAACACCCUGUACGGAGGAGUGUAUGUGAUCGGAGACGAUCAGCAAGAACACCCAACCAUUAAGGUGUUCUGGGAGGUGAUGUUCAACAUGACGAACGAGGAGCGACAGAAGGUGUUGAAAUUCGUGACCUCGACUCCGCGAGCACCACUUCUGGGUUUCAGUCAUCUAAAUCCCCGGUUCAGCAUCCGCGACUCGAGUGAGGACCAGGAACGUCUUCCCAGCACCAGCACCUGCGUGAAUCUGUUGAAGCUGCCGCGCUAUUCCAAUGCGGAGACGCUGCGGGAGAAACUUCUCUACGCGGUCAACUCGGGGGCUGGAUUUGACCUGAGCUAA